UUAGAAAAACGUGUGUUCAUCUUAGGCCCAUCUCAUCAUGUACGAAUUGGUGGUUGUGCUCUUUCUCCAGCAAAGAUCUACAGAACUCCUCUCUAUGAUCUUUCCAUUAACCAACAAGUUUAUGAUGAGCUCUACAAUACUGGUCUCUUUGAAGAAAUGUCCACUCUCACUGAUGAAGAUGAACAUAGCAUCGAGAUGCAACUUCCUUACAUAGCAAAAAUAAUGGAAAACCAUCAAGUUACCAUAGUGCCUGUACUAGUGGGAUCUCUCACAACAGAGAAAGAGGCUUCUUAUGGAGCUGUUUUUAGCAAGUUUAUAGCUGAUCCCAACAACUUAUUUGUCAUCUCUUCUGACUUUUGUCACUGGGGAGCUCGUUUCCACUAUCAGUACUAUGAUAAGUCAUGGGGAGAUAUCCACCAUUCAAUUCAAAAAUUAGAUGAAAUGGGUAUGAAAAUUAUUGAGUCCCUAACACCGUCUGAAUUCACAUCAUAUCUGAGAAAGUUUGGAAACACGAUUUGUGGACGUCAUCCCAUUGGUGUUCUCUUAAAUGCAGUUAACAUUCUACAACAGACUACUAGUAAUGGCCACAAGAUGUCCCUGAAAUUUCUUUAUUAUGCCCAAUCUAGCCAGUGUCUUAGCAUGCAUGACUCAUCAGUAAGCUAUGCUGCUGGUUCCCUACAGAUUGAAUAAUGAUACAUAUUGUAGGAAGUUUAAGUGGUACUUUAAAACAAAUAUCAUCAGUUGUGUUUAUUGAUGUUACUCGUGUAGGUCUCAAGGAUUUGUCUAUGCAAUAUCUGUGUUGUAUUUGUUGGUUUAUUUUGUAUAUCUCAGUUUCUCUGCGAGACAUAAGUGUUCACACUUGAUGUUGUUAAUAUUAUGGUGUUUGAGAUUUAGGUAGGAACAUUUUUGUUGUUAAAUAUUUUCAAUAGUAUUAUCAUUAAGUUCUAUGUUACUCAAGAAAUUCAGGUUAUAUACCUCAAACCAAAAAUUUAAGACUGUUAAUAAAAGAUUAAAUGUUAAGAAAUAAAGAUUAUCGUAUUUCUGGUAUAACAUGUAAUGAAGUUUUAUGAUAAUUCAUUAAUUAAAUUAUUUUUAUUGGAUAGUUUAUAGUAUUUUGAAAGUAGUGUAGCAAGUCACUAAAAAAAACUUGUGGUCUUGGAUCUGUUUUAUAACUCAUACACAUUUUGCUUAGGAACAAUGAAAUACCAAUAAAGUCAAAGUUGUAUGUAAAAUUAAAUUGGAGAGAAACUAGGUUUCUUUUAUACAAUUAUGAUUUCUAUUCAUAACUUCCAACACAACAAGGAUAAAACUCAUUGUAGUGACCUCAACAGGUCCAGAAGGUCACGUUAAUAGUCAUUCAUAUGUUUAGCCCUCAGAAUUUAACACUCAGAAGUAACAAACUCAAAUGAUGAGUCAUCAUAAUAAAACCUGUAAAAAAAGACUGCUGUUGAGCCUAAUGAAAAUGAGAUUUCAGGAUAUGACUUUGCUGGUGUUGAAAUGAUUUUAUUUUCUAUAUUCGUUGUUGGUUAAAGAAUACUAUGAAGUCAGUAAUAGUGCGUAAGCACUAAGUUUUACGUAGGAGUGUUCACAAUCUGUGAUAAUUAUACAAGUCUGAGUGCUUAGACCUUAUAAUCCUUUGUUCCAUCAUCAUUUGUGCUAUGUCUGAUAACUUUGGUUAUAAACUAUUUUUCUACAGCUCAAUUUAUGCUGUGGGAAGCUUUUGCAUGAAAACAGGUUAGUGCUGUUCCUCUCUUGUUAAUAUGGUUUACAAAGUCUAUCACCCACGUGUGGAAGAUGAUUGUCAAAAGACUGUUUGAGGAAUCCAAAACAUAAAAGUUCAUUGGAGAUGUGAAUGAUACACCAUGAAUUCCCAUUUGAACUUAAUCUUCUUGAGGAACUGCCGUAUUGACAUGAACAUAUAGAUUGAUGCCUUUUCUUAGUGGAACCAAAUCUUAUUGACAUCCAAUCAGAACAAAGAUAGUAUUCUUCAUAGUAUAGUUGUGUCAACACAUUAAUUUGAUAGUGCAGAGUUCACUGCGACAUUCUUUUUGAGACUUUAGAUGUUUAAUUUGUCAUAAUAGCUGUAACCUGUAACCACCAUAAUGUAAAUCCCUUAGAAAAGCUUUCACAGUAUGCUCUGUAUAAUUUUUAAAAUGUUGUGCCACUGAAAUGAUGAUGAUAAACUGCCUAGACUGUAGCAGAAAUUUAAAUAGGUGCUUUAUGCAGUAUGAUGACAUACAUUCAUUGUAAGACAGAUACUGCUCACACAGUUUUUAGCAGUUGGUCUCCUGUUUAUCUAUGUGCUUUGGAAGAAGCUUGUGAACACAGUUCUUGUGUUGCUUUUGCAGACCUAAAUCUGUAUGAAUUAUCUUUUUUACAGUUUGUACCAUUGUGCCGUAUGUUAUUUUAUAAUCAUGGAAUAGAACUUUGCAUCAGAAAUUCCUGUAACAUAAUCAAUCCAGAAGGAGUCAAUUUUAAACAUCUUUACUCUCAACUCACCAUGCUGAGUUACAACAAGAGGGUAAGGGCUUUUAACCAUUGUAGUCACAGACCAUGAGAAUAACCCAGAACAAGGUGAUUGAGUACACAAAGUGUUACAGUAGAUCAUAACAGAGGCGUACAUUUCAUAAAAAAGACGUGUAGGCACACAUCAAAAUUCAGAGCAAAUUCAAAGGAUCAUGAUAAAAUGAAUUUUCGAAACAUUUAAUAGAACAACAACACUAGUUGUGUUCCUUUGCAUAUUUUAGUAAU